CCACUGAAUCAUCCACUUGCAAAUCUAAUUCCCACCCACAAUAAUAAUAAUAAUAAUACAAACACUAAUAGGAGCUUGCGAUAUGGCAGCAGCGAUCAUUAAAACCACAAAGCCAUCUUUAACUUUUUUUUCUUUCUUUCCUUAGCUUUAUUUGUAGUAAAAAGAUAGCACUUAUAGAUGCAAUUUUAAUAAAAGCUCAUGCAACCUCCUUUUUAUCUUCACUUCUAUUCUUACACUGUAGGCAAUGAUUCUCCCACUUUCUUCUCCUUCACUCUCUUCUUCACACACACACAUAAACAACUCCAAACUCUCUCUCUCUCCUUUUUAUUCAUCUCAAAUGUGAAAACUAUCACCAACUGACUCCUCACUCAAGCUCUCUAUCAAACACUAUGCCUCUCACUCAAUUCCUCCUCCUCCUAUUCUUCCUCCCUCUCCUCUCUUUCUCCUUCCAAUCCCAAUCUAACUUCCUCUUCCAAUUGACACAAUCUCUCUCCGGCCAAGCUAUCUCCCAGUGGAAUUUCACUGCCGACAGCUACUGUGGGUUCUACGGUAUAUCUUGCGAUGAACAUCAAAAUAUUGUUGAGAUUGAUUUUUCUUCUUGGUCUUUGAUAGGCACCAUUCCCUCUACUAUAUGCACCUCCCUGCCACUAGUUAGAGCUCUUAGGUUGGGCUUCAACAACCUCCAUGGUGACCUCCCUGCUGACCUUCUUAAUUGCUCUCAUCUGGAGGAGCUCAACCUCACCCACUCUGGCAUCGGCGGAACCAUCCCAGACCUCUCCCCUCUUCACACUCUUCGUAUUCUUGACCUCUCAGAUAAUCUCUUUUGUGGUGAAUUUCCACUUUCCAUUACUAAUCUCACUAAUCUUGAGGUUGUUAACUUCAACCAGAACCCAGGCUUCAAUAUCUGGAAGCUGCCAGAGGCUAUAACUAAGUUGAAGAAGCUCAACACAAUGAUUCUUUCCACCACUUACAUGAGAGGAGAAGUCCCUGCAUGGAUUGGGAACAUGACAUGGCUCACUGACCUUGAGCUCAGUGGCAAUUUACUUGUUGGCCGGAUUCCAACAACCAUUGGAAGGAUGAAGAACCUCCAGUUUUUGGAACUUUACUAUAAUCUAUUGGAAGGAGAAAUACCAAAGGAGCUUGGAAACCUAUCAAGGCUCAUCGAUAUUGACUUAUCUUCAAAUAGGCUUAUUGGAAGGAUACCUGAGAGCCUCUGUUGGCUUCCAGAGAUCAAGGUCUUACAGCUCUAUAACAAUAGUCUUACAGGACCAAUUUCGCCAGUGCUUGGAAAUUCGACAUCACUGACCAUGAUAUCUCUCUACAAGAACUUCCUUUCAGGAGAGCUACCACCCACCUUGGGGAAGUUCUCAAAGCUGAUGGUGUUGGAUAUUUCAGAAAAUAACUUCUCUGGCAUGCUUCCAAGAGAGACAUGUGCUGCGGGCAUGUUAUUAUACUUCUUGGUGCUUGAAAAUCAUUUCUCUGGAGAAUUACCAGAUAAUUAUGUGAGAUGCCAAUCUUUGUUGCGGUUUAGAGUGAGCAACAACCAAUUGAAUGGUUAUGUGCCAGGAAAGCUCUUUGCUCUUACUCAUGUUUCCAUUCUUGAUCUUAGCUUCAAUAAAUUUGAAGGAAUUGUGGAUAAUUCUAUUGGAAAUGCAAAGAAUUUAACUUCAUUGUUCUUGCAGAACAAUCAAUUUUCUGGACAAAUCCCACUUGAAAUAUCUUGGGCUACUAAUUUAGUCAAGAUAGAUCUUAGCAACAAUCUCUUCUACGGUUCAAUACCACCUGAGAUUGGAUACUUGAGACAACUGAACCAGUUAUCCUUGCAGGGGAACAAGCUUAAUUCUUCCAUUCCUGGAUCAAUUUCAAACUUGAAGUCCCUCCAUGUGCUUAACCUCUCAAAUAAUUUCCUUACAGGGGAGAUACCCAACAGCCUUUGUAACCUGCUUCCAAUUUCUUUAGAUUUCUCAAACAAUCAUCUUUUUGGACCAAUUCCUCUUCCCCUCAUAAAUGAAGGGCUCAUUCAUGGUAUCUCAGGAAAUCCAAGUCUUUGCAUUCCAAUCCAUUUAAUCCACACAGAACCAAUUCUUCCCCUUUGUCCACAGCCAAAACUUCGAAGGCGGUUAAAGAACAUAUGGUUUAUUUCAUUCUCUACAAUUCUAUCCAUGUUCACAAUCCUACUACUCGUUAAGCACCGAUCAACUAGAAAGAACAAGAACAACAAGCAGGAUUGUCUCUUACUAUCCUCCUCUUUUUCCUACGACGUAAAGAGCUUCCACAAGCUCAACUUCGAUCAACAUGAAAUCCUUACAGCUUUGAUUGAUAAGAACAUUGUGGGACUUGGAGGAUCUGGAAUAGUUUACAAGAUUAAGCUGACUAAUGGAGAGUGGGUAGCAGUAAAGAAGAUCUUGACUAGGAAGACAAAGGAUCCUUCUUCCCCACAAAAGUUUCAUCUUGAGAGGGAAUUGAAGACAGAGAUAGAAACAUUAGGAAGCAUAAGACACAUUAACAUUGUAAAGCUCUAUUGUUGCCUCUCAAGUUUAAAUUUCAAGCUUCUCGUUUAUGAAUAUAUGCCAAAUGGAAAUCUAUGGGAUGCUCUUCACAAUCAUUGUAGCUUCUUGAACUGGCCUACAAAGCAUAGGAUUGCGCUCGGGAUUGCACAAGGGUUGGCUUAUCUUCACCAUGAUCUCUUGUUCCCAAUUGUUCACUGUGACAUUAAGAGCUCCAAUAUACUUCUUGAUGCAGAAUUUGAACCAAAGAUAGCUGAUUUUGGAAUAGCUAAAGUCCUACAAGCAGGAGCCAAGGAUAGCACAUCCAUAAAUAUAAUUGCUGGCACUUAUGGAUACUUGGCCCCAGAGUAUGCCUACUCAUCAAAAGCAACUACAAAGUGUGAUGUGUAUAGCUUUGGUGUUGUACUCUUGGAGUUGAUAACAAGGAAGAAGCCCAUUGAAGCUGAGUUUGGGGGCAACAAGGAUAUCAUUUCUUGGGUAUGGAGCAAGUUGGCCAAACAAGAAGGGGCAUUGGAAGUAUUGGAUAAAAGAUUAUCAUGGAGCCCCUUCAAGGAAGAGAUGAUAAAGAUGCUGCAUGUAGCACUCCGUUGCACCUGUAACUCACCAGCACUUCGUCCAUCAAUGAACAAGGUUGUACAACUCUUGAUUGAGCUACAUACAACCAACUUAGAUGACAACAGAUCAUCAUUCAAGGCCAAUAAUGUAGCUUCCCCAAUAAAGGCUAAUAACAACAAUUUUGGUCAUGGUUGAAGAUUAGAAUAAGAAUAUAUUAUCUAGUCUAUUAAAAGAAGACACUUUACUUAACACACUGUUAUAUUUCACAUAAAAUAAGUUGGACAUGUAUAAUUAAAACCGUUCAUUAUCCCUCUAGCCUUAUCAUUUUAUUUUUUUCCCCUUUUUGUCUUUCUUGUUUGCACCUUUAUCUUAAAAGAAUUUUGAAGAAUCAUUAUGUCAUACUACUUUGUAAUUACACAACAUCGGGUGCCUUCAUUGAACCCGCAUAUGCUUAUAAAUGUACUCACACUUUUGGCAUGCUCCAACUUACUAUUAUAUUUCACACUUUAAACUAA